AUGUUAGCCACGACCAGAGCCACCCUGCCGACCAGACCCAGCCGCACUCGAGAGCAUCGACGUGACGUGCAGGCUGCAAUUGCAGAGUCGGGGAAAGCAAAGCAAUGGAUUGCGGCUUUGAAGCUUUUCCGUGAUGUACAGGCAUCAGGCAUGGAGGCUGGUCUUGUUUUGUACGCUUCCGCGAUUGCUGCGUGUGGCAAGGGUAUGCAAUGGCAGCGGGCGUUGUCGUUGCUGGUCGAAUUGCGCGCAGCAACCGUCAGGCCGAAUGUAUUCACCCAUAGUCCUGGAAUCAGUGCAUGUGACAGAGGCGGCCAGUGGCAACGAGCGCUGUCGUUGUUUGGCGAGCUGCAAACGAGUGAGAGGAAUGUUGUAUGUUAUACUUCCGUCAUCAGCGCGUGCGAGAAGCAUGGCCAGUGGCAGUGUGCGCUGUCGUUAUUGGGUAAGCUGUGCUCAAAGACCUUGCAGCCCGACGUUAUCGUAUACAGUGCUGCGAUCAGCGCUUGCGCGAAAGGUGAACAGUGGCAAGAUGCUCUGGCGCUGCUGAGGGAGGUGCGGGAAGCGCGACUGGAGCCAAACGUCCUUCGCUUACAAUGCUGGAGUCAGCGCGUGCGAUAG